AUGGCCACGACAACGACGACAACGACGGCGAUCGAGCUCACGAGCCAGAACUUAACCCACAUCCACACGAGCCACACCCCGCACCAUGCUGCCAAGCGUCACGAUGACCCCGUCCUUGCCGCUUCUCAGGCCGCGGACAUGACUGUUCCCGAUGGCGAAUACGGCUGGGUUAUUGUCGGGGCUUGCGCCGUCGUGGUGUGGUGGGCCAUUGGUACGACCUAUAGUUGGGGGGUGCUCCAGGAAGCGCUCGUCGCUCAGGGCCUCUCGUCUCCUGCCGUGUUGUCGUUCAUUGGCGGGCUGGAUGCGGCGCUGAUAUCGGCUUUGGCGAUUGUGAAUUCGAGGUUGAUUAGGAGCCUGGGUGUGAGGACUACUUGCUUAUGUGGGGUUACUCUGAUGGGCAUGAGUGAGAUCUUGAGCGGGUUUGCUGUGAAGAACUUGGGUGCCUUGUUUUUCACCUCUGGUGUCUUGAUGGGACUUGGAGUUAGUAUGUGCUUCAUGGUUAUAUCAGUCAUCCCUGCACAAUACUUCAGAGCGAAGCGUGGACUAGCAAAUGGCCUCGUCUUCGCCGGCGGCGGUUUCGGGGGAGCUGCCAUCAGCGUGAGCCUAGAUGCUCUCAUCCAGAAGCUCGGCACGGCGUGGGCAUAUCGUAUCCUUGGAUUUACGACCCUUGCCACGGGGAUACCCGCAGCCUGGUUAAUCAGGGAGAGAAACCGCGCCAUGAGAACACCUGGUUUUAUAGAAUGGCGUCUCUUCAAAUCCUUUACUUUCGUCAUCAUCUUCCUCGCCAGCGCGAUCGGGACAUUCCCCCUCUUCGUGCCACCCUUCUUCCUUCCUCUCUACACAAAAUCCCUUGGAUUCUCAUCAAGCGUGGGCGCCGGUCUAGUCGCCGGUUUCAACCUUGCUUCUGCCAUGGGUCGUAUCUGCUGUGGCCUCCUCUGCGACCGGUUCGGUGCGCUCAACACGCUAUUCCUCUCUUUAGCGUUGACAGCUGUGAGUAUGUUAGCUAUCUGGCCAGGAUCCACCACGUUGGGACCUCUGGCGCUGUUUGUCGUCGUGAACGGUGUUUCCAAUGGAGGGUUCUUCUCGACGAUGCCGACGGUUGUGGGCAAUGUAUUUGGGAGUGCGAGAGUCGCCGUGGCGAUGAGUAUGAUUGUUACGGGGUGGGCCGGAGGAUAUCUGAUGGGAGCCCCUAUUGCCGGCUACAUCCUCAAGGCUCAUGGGGGAACGGAGAGUGGUCUACAGGCGUACCGACCGGCUAUGUUUUAUGCUGGAUCUCUUGCUCUGCUUUCUGCGGUGUUGGUUGCUAUCGUGCGCCUGCGUAAGGAUAGGUCAAUUCUCGCUAGGUUGUGA